ACAAAGCUCGAUAUAAAAAUGAUGUUCUAAAUUUUCCGCGGGGUUGUGUGCAGGGCAAAAUGCGCACUAAAUGAAGCUGGCGUGUUAAUAAGCGUGUUAAGUUGUCCAUUCUGUCCGCAGGAAUGUGGAAGACUAUUUUAGGAGUGUCAGGAGGACUGGUGAUCCUGGUCGUGUUUCUGGUCGCUCUCUACUGUUCCCUCAAGUAUUUUAGGACUUCCAUGAUGAUUACACAGCCGUCAAAAUCUCGUAUCUCGGAGAGAUCUAAUCACAGAGGUCGCCAGGCGUACAAAGGCUCAUACACUACUGACAACGUGUGUGGAGGCAAGUCACUGAUUCAUGACGGCGGUUACGUUACACCAGUCUCUGAAGCCAUUUUUAUGGACUUAAAUGAUACAUGUUUAACAAGCAGCAUUGCAAGAGUGUCCAGCAGCCGAUAACAAAAUCAGCAAAUUUGACAUGUUUGUUAAAUGUGUAAGUUUAAAAACAUGUAGAUCAAUCGUACAUGGUUGUACUUACCCUGUAUGGUUUAUGUAGCAAGAGCGUAAAUUAUGGGUGUCUAAUAUCGGUAGCAUUCUGUUUAUUUGGUUUGAUAAUUUAUAGAAAAGAUAUAAGCUUCUUUUUGGUGAAAUUUACUAUUUUUUUCACGAGCGAUUAUACGAAAAAAAAGUUCACUUUUGAUUGAGGCUUCACGAGUCUUAACAUUUUAAAGAACCAUGAAAAAAAUCAUUUGCUGAAAGCCAAAUAGUAUCCUUUAAUAUUCUGCAUAAGGUCUAAAGUUAAAUAACAUACAAAUGUGAUCGUAACUGACGCCAUUUCUGUAAAGUAUGGUUUGUAAAAAAAAUGUCGUUGUUUCUCUAUUAUUGUGCGUCUUUUAUGCAUGUUAGAUACACUGUUUUAGUGAAUAUUUUGCAUGCAUUUUUUCAUAGGAUGGUGUUGUGGUUUAGAUCGAUGUUGUCAAAGAUUUAAUAAAAAUAUUUAACACUUAUCAUAUUGCUUUCCAUGUUGUUAACGGAAAAAUAUUGCGUUUUUGUUAUAUUUUCUCUAGAGUGAGUCAUAUAUCAUGCAAUAUUUUCACGAGUAUUGUUGUUGUUUGUAAAAAACCGAUAUUUUCAAUUAUAUAUUGCAUUAAAAUGCAUGUAAUGCAAAUAAUUAUUUAUAUUGGCAAUAUUCAUACAAUGCCUGUACAUCAGUCAAACUUUAACAACAAAUAGACGUAUGUUCAUAAAUGUUCGAUAACUGGUAGUAGUUUUGUUGUUGUAAGUUUGUAUUCAAGCCAUUUCGUUGCUUAAAUGUGUUUAGGACGUGCACCUUGUCCGUUUGUUCUGUUAACAAAACUUAAAAAAACGUGUGAACAUUACACUGCAAUCCACUCCAAAUGCAUGUUAAUUAUAUGUUAUAUACGAUAUAUCAGUUUUGUAAAAUGGUUGCUUAGUAUUUAAAUGUAAUCAAUCCGGUUAUUUACAGAUGCGCCUGUUUUAAAAUUUAUGUUAUUUAUUUAUUAUCUAGAGUCCUAUACAUUUAGUCAGAUAAUUAGCAUUAUAAUAAUCUGUCACGUUUUCCGAUGUUUUAAUAGGCUUGUUUUAGAACUUGUUUUAGAACUUGUUUGUCAUAAAUGCUAGGCAUAAACUGCGGCUUUAAUUCUAAUGGGCACUAUAAUUAAAUAUAUAUUUUUUUAAUUUUUUGUUUCCUCCUACUUUUUUAGUUUUCCUUUUUUUAAAUUAAAGUAUCACGGAGCAUGUUCUAUAAGUAUUUGAAUAUAUCAUUACACGACUUGAAGUUAUAUGACAUUAUUACUUAAAUGAGAUUUAAUAGUAACGAAUUUACGUCGAUAUAUUUCUGAUAUGAUUUUAAACAAUGAUUUUGGCCUGCUGGGACAAUCGAUAAUUCGUUCGAUUGCAUUCACCCAUCUUCGUGAUACGACUGACCUUUCGCUUUAUUACAGAAAACGAUCAGACCUCGAUAAGCACUGCCUUUCUAUUUCUGAAAUUCGACACUUGACAUAAAUAUUAAAAUAUUCAUGUAUAAAUGAGGUUACAUAAGUAUGGGUGUAAUUUUUAAAAAGAAAUAACUUGCCAUUACUGCCGAAGAAGUGCCAGUAAGGGUACAAACCACACCAUAAACCUGCAAUAGGGUAUCAAAAGCUACAGCAGUCCAAGUUUAUAAAAUACAUUUUAUUUCAUUUUGUGAUUUGUUCAAUAGAUCACAAUAACGUGUCAUUGUUAUUUUGUGAGUCCAGAGAGGAGACGACCGUGGUUCUUCUUCGCGCUUCGUGUGAUGCAAACCGGCAAUCUGUGAGAGUUGGUAUCAGAGUGGUCCCGUUUGAUAAAAGACCAACCGAUAGUGCACAAAACCUUGGCCAUAGGCAACCAAAUAUUUGGCAAAUUUUAGACAGAGCUAAUAUGUUAACGUUACUUUUCUUAUGCAAUUUUCCUGUGAUGAAUUGGAUCUUUAACGAGUUAACUGCUUAGCGAUUUUAAUAAAAUGUCAAGCCUUGUGAUUAUUCAAAAUACGGCAUAUGGUUAAUGGGAAAUGCCAUUUAAAUAACUGAUUAUCUUCGAAUUAUUUUUAAACGCAUAUAAACAAUGCCGAAUUUAAUUAAUUGUAUAAGUUAACAAAUGAAUAGAAAUUACAACACAGAAAAAGUAAAAUCAUAACAACAAUUUUCGACCUCAUCCAUUCCAUAUCUUAAUCCGUCUUUUUCUUUUAGAACAUUUACCAAUUAAAGACAUUUAAAAUGAUAUUUCCCGUUAGACUGGGUGCCGAUUCUCGAACGAUUUUCAUUAUCAUUACUUUUUGAACGUGCAUACAAUUAAUGACAAUAAAGGAACGCCAUACUCUUGUCGUCUGUCAAUGUCAGCCAUCAAAUAAAAUCCCUCGUUAACACCAAGAACGGACUUAAUGAUUAAAUAGCUCAUCUUUGUAUUUAAUCGUCCCAUGAG